AUGAAAAAAUUAAAAAGUACACAGGGUGCAUCUGGUCCUGGUAGUACUGGAACCUGGAAACCCGGAUCCUCUGGUCCAGGUUCUACUGGUUCCGGUUCCGGUACCGGUUCUACAGGAACUUGGAAUCCUGGUUCUUGCGGUACCGGUUCCACUGGAACCUGGAAUCCUGGUUCUUCCGGUACCGGUUAUACAGGAACUUGGAACCCAGGUUCUUCCGGUUCAGGUGCACCUGGUAAUGAAAACACUGCUAGUCCUAGACCAACACCACCACAAGCAACACCUGGAAUUAAACCUCAGAAAGUAGCGAACGUAAAGAAGGAAGGGGUGGUAGAUUCCUUCCUUCCUUACCUUCCUACCAUUCCUGUUCUAAUUGGUAUUUCUGCUACGAGCUACCUCCUCUGGAAGUAUUUUUUUUUCGUUCGUAAAAAAAGACGACGUCAUAGAAGAGCUCAUGAAGUACGUGGUCCUCCAACUUUGGAAGAACAACUUCUUCAUCAUGUGGACGGCCAGGAUGGUCCACAUGAAUAUACUUUAAUAAAGGAACAUAAACAACCAAGAUCUGUUCCAGCGAGAACGAAGAGGCCAAAAGAACAUGCUGAUCAUCGCCCUGCUGGUCCUCGUGGUGUCGGCCGCCGUACCAUUAUUGAUAUUCAUUUAGAAGUCUUAGACGAAUGUCAAAAAGGGGAUCUGCAAUCGACGAUAGAAGACUUUUUUGAAAUAUUGGUUCAAGAAUUUAUGGGAAGCGAAUUUAUGAAGAAAGAAAAUGUUCCUAAGGAAUAG